AUCAGUUGAUAUUACCGGCCGUAACACACCGUUCACCAGACUAUCACGAGUACCGCAUUUUUAGUAAGAACUAUUUUUUUUGUGCUGUUGUAUGUACGUGAAUUAUUCUUUAUUAAAUAUAUUUUGUCUACCAGUAAUCCGAGUAUUCCGAGUGUUAAAUCAUUAAAUAUUUUGUAGGGUACUUAACGUAAAACUCCUUUACCCCUUAUACCUACAAAUUCGAAUAUUGCUAUAAUGAGUAUAAUCUAAACGUAUUGUCGUAUUAUCAUUGAUAAUAUACUGGGUCUUCUGGAGUCGUAGACCGUAGUACCACAAGUCCACGCUUUACUUAAUUCUGUCGAUUUUUCUCAUUGUUUCGUGUUUGAAAUCUGUUAUGGUUUAAAGUCAGCCAUGUUAGUCUUAUCCAACGUUGUCAUUAUUCGUAAUGGAUAACCUAACGUUACACCACUAUUAUGGACUACAGUAAUUCUGAAUAAAAAAAACAUACACUCUUUUACUGUCGAUCAGUAUUGAAGAUUAUAUUUACAAGUAAAUAUAAAUAAAAUCAUAUGAAAUAUUUUAUCAAGUUAUCCAAGCAUAUUUAUCACAUUCAAAGAAAUAUGUCUUCUUUUAAGUUACUUUUGUGGGAAAAUUCAAUGUUUGUCAACUGUUCGAUUCCAAUGGGUGAAACUGAACAAAAAAUUAUUGUAAUUCUACAAUCACCAUUUAACAAACUUAAAAAAAUAAAUUUGUGCAGAAGUCCAGAAGAUACGAUAAGAGUAUUUAUUGACAGACUGGCUUUAAAAUUAUCACAAACUCAACCCAAAAGUGAAAAUGAAAAACUUAGGAAAGAUUGUGUUUGUAUUAAAGUGAAUGGAAUCAAAGUACCUAAUAAUUCUAAGUGUUAUGAAAUAUUUGAGGAAAUAAAAGAAAAUAUUACGCUUCAAAUUAAGGAUCAUACCUUUAAAGUAAUAGUUAAUGCACCAAUAAUAACCGAAUUUAAAUUGGGAUAUCCUCCAUAUCAAGGACUAAUGAUAUAUCCCUAUGCAUUUAACCAGGGAUAUAAUGUCUCUUUUAUGAAAACGCAGUAUUUAUGGUACAGAAUUAAUUCAAAUGAUGAAAUAGAAGUUGGCAAUGAAAUGACCUAUACGCCCAGUGCUGAAGACGUUAAUUGUCAUCUAAAAUUGGUUUGUAGGCCUUUUAAUGAUGCAGGCCAAUCGGGACCUUCAGCAGAAAUAACAACUUCACCAGUCUUAGAAAAUACCAUUACACUUUUCCCGUUUGAAAAGAGGUUAAAAACUAAGCCACAUGAUAGUAUUAGAGUUGUAACAUACAAUAUACUAGCUGGAGAGUAUACAAAAACUAAGGAAGCGAAAAAUGCAAUGUUUCCAUAUUGUCCAGAAGACAUUUUAUCAUCCAGUUAUCGGCACCCUCUUAUUAUAAGAGAAAUUCUAGCGUACAACGGAGAUAUCAUUUGCUUGCAAGAAGUGGAUAGAUAUUUUUUUCAUAGAGAGUUAUGUCCUAUAUUAAAACAAUUUAAGGGCAUGACUGGAUUAUUUUUAAAAAAAAAUAGCCGUAGGAAUGAAGGGCUGAGUUGUUUUUAUUCACCUGAUAAAUUUAAUCUAUUAGAGAAAUUUGAUAUUAGUUUUAACGACCCAACUACUAUAGGAUUAUACUGUGGACCUGUCUUAGAAUGGAUUAAGGAUAAUGACAUUUGGAAAGAAGGAUUAGAAACAAAAACUGUUUUCCAAGUCCUAGUUUUAGAACUGAUAUCUGACAAAAAACAAUUAUUCUUAGUAUGCAAUACUCAUUUGAUAUCUGAUCCAGAAGGUGAUUUCUUAAGAUUGUUUCAAGCUUUAAUUGAACUAACUAUUAUUAAUAAAAUAAAACAAAAUAUAAGCAAAGAAUAUCUUGGACGUAAUGUAUCUGUUAUAUUCUGUGGAGAUUUCAACAGUACACCUGAAAGCGGUGUUUAUGAUUUAGUCACCAAAUUAUUAUUAUCAGAAGAAUACAAAAUGAUGAAAGUAUACAGUGAUUUAAAAAAUAAUCUUGAAUUUGAAAUGGAAAGUGCAUAUGAUAUUGAUGUUCUGUACAGUAAUUAUACUGCAACUUUUGUUGGUCUUCUAGAUUACAUAUAUUUUACCAAUCAACAUCUUGAGCGUAUUCAGGUAUUAACCAUGCCAUCACAUGAUGAUGUUAUCCAAUUCGGUGGUAUUCCGAGUAAAUUAUUUCCUUCAGAUCAUUUAGCUUUAGUUGCAGACUUUAAAAUAAAAUAAUGCAUAUAAUGUAUAUUUUCAAAUUUUUUCAAUAGUACCUUUUUUAAGUUUGCAUACUAUUUAUUAUGGUGCUACAAUAGCAAUAUAAUUUAAGUAAAUAUUGAUUCGAUUUGUUCCUAUUUUACACCAUAAUCAUAUUAGUUGUGUUUAAUGAUAUGGCCUUAAUUUUUUUUUAUGUAAAGCAAUCUUAAUUUGUAACUGUUGCUCAUUUCUCUUUUUAUUAUUUAACUAAGUUAGCUUUAACUUUAUGUUAUAUUCAUAAUUUGAGCCUUAGAAAAAUUAUAGAAUUAUUAUUGUAAAAAUUUAUAAACAAAUUUUUUAUAUUUAAUACAAUUAUGCAUUUAUCUGUGAUAAGUAUGUAUAAAUAGGCAAUUAUAAAGUUUGUAAUUGGCAUCUACUAGGCAAAGAUUUUUUUUAUAUUUCCUUAUUUUGUUGAACAAGAUGUGAAUUUGAAAAAAUAAAUUUUUAAGAAGAUGUCA